AUGGAUAUUGAAGAAGUAGAAGUAGAAAGUGUUACUUCUAGAGACCAAUAUGAAUGCCAAAAUACUGUUGAAAAAGAAAAGGCAUAUACAAGAUAUAUUAUAAGACAUAAUUUUUUGACUUAUUCAUUUAAUCCAGAAGUACAUAUUAAAUGGUUAACUUUAUCUAUUCAUAAACCCCUUCCAUCAGGGUUUGAGUCAUUAGAUUCAUCAACACCAUGGAUAUUGUAUUGGUCUCUUAAUCCAUUAAGGUUAUUUGGAUAUAAUGUAGAUGAAUAUUUGAAUGAAUAUACUGAAGCCUUAAGAUUAAUAACACUUCCAGAUGGUGUAAUACGAGGGUCACAACAAAUUAUUCCAAUUGUUGCAGGUUGUUAUUCUGGAAUAUGUGCAAUGAUAGACAUUGGAACGAUGAGUGCUUAUCAAUUAAUCAAUAGACAAAACACUUACAAUUUUCUUAUUUCUAGAAAGUUUCCUGAUGGUUCUUUUGAAAUGAAUUGUGACUCAGGAGAUAUUGAUACAAGAGCUUGUUAUUGUGCAAUAUCUACUGCAUAUGUGUUAAAUAUUCUUGACGAUAAUUUAAAAGAAGGUGUUGCUGAGUGGUUAUUAAAAUGUCAAACGUAUGAGGGAGGAUUUUCUGGAUGUCCAGGAGGUGAGGCUCAUGGAGGGUAUUCAUACUGUGCUGUUGCUGCACUAGCUUUAUUAGGUAGAAUAGAUGAAAUAGAUAUUAAUAAGUUAUUAAGAUGGUUAGUCCAAAGACAAAAGCCAAUUGAAGGGGGGUUUGAUGGAAGAAUCAACAAAUUAGUAGAUGCUUGCUAUACAUUUUGGCAGGCAUCUAUUUUUGGUAUUCUGAAAAAGUAUUCUAAAACAUUCCAAGCAUCUCCUGUUUUCCCUAAUGUUGAUAAACUUCUUGAUUACAUUAUUUUAGCUUCUCAAAAUAAAGACGGUGGAUAUAGAGAUAAGCCUUCAAAAAAACCUGACUUGUAUCACACUAACUACGCUUUAUCUGGAAUUUCUUCAAUAUUACAUGCCUCAGAUCAUCAAAUGAAAAACACAAUUCGUCCAAUUGAACCUGCUAUGGGAGUAGAUCAAUUUUAUUUUAAUAAAGCUUGUGAGUAUUUCCGUUCACUCUAA